AUGUGCUUCUACAACCAAAAGAGAUUUGCGUGUGGGGAUUGGAGCUGGACCAGCUUUGCUCACCGAUGCAACUAUGAGUACCGCACUGGCGAAACUUGCGGGAUGAGACUCGUCAACUUGACCGAGAACGAGAAGAGCAACUGCCGACUCUGCGAGAAAAUUGAGACCAAAUAUCGCCGGCGAAGCGCCGAGGUCGAACGUUUGGACCGGUGGGAACGAGAGGGUGCCACCCUGGUAGCCUCGAUGGAUCGGUCUCACAAAAUGAUCGUGGACCUAGAGAAAGAGAUCCGCACCCUGCAACGGGAACGGGACGACCGAAGAAGCACUCUGCUCAGAUAG